UGGGGGGUGUAGUUUGAAUUUCACCAUCAAACUAAGCACCUCCCAAUGCCAUGACCCCCACCAUUUCCCCAACCAUUGGUGAGCAAGCCCUACCUACUUGUCUUCCUUUUCUUUUUUUUCUUUUACCCAGCUUUCUCUUUACUUUAAAGCACAUGCCAUCUCAUCUCUCUAUCUUUCUCAUUAUGUUGUUGGAAGAUAUCUUGUUGAGUGUUCCUCUAAUCUAACUUCACUUGCUCCGCAAGUACUCCAUGGAUUCUCAUGCUACGGAAAUAACUUUUAUAUGGGAAUAACAGCUCUGUCACACACUACAACUAUUCCAAAGUGAUUUUUUACUUUAAGCUCUAUUCAACAAACUCACCACUACUUUGAGGGUGUCAGGGUUAGUCACAUUUCAAAUUUUCAAUCCUCAAAUAGAGAACAAAAUAGAUAGACCCAACCAUGCCAUUUGGUCUGGUUUCGGCCUGGAACAAGCGCCGUCGAAGCAAGUCCGAAGAUCAUACUGACCCUUGGGUUUAUAGACCUGCGGAGUGCUGGCAACUCGAAGAACAAGUAACACGGCCUGCGAAAAGACUACAUGGAUCAGCUGUGUUCACUCUCAAGGAGAUGGAAGAGGCAACAUGUUCAUUCAGUGAUGACAAUCUGCUAGGGAAAGGAGGAUUCGGCAAAGUGUACCGCGGCAUUUUACGGUCGGGAGAGGUCGUUGCAAUCAAGAAGAUGGCGCUGCCAGCAAUUAAAGAAGCCGAGGGAGAACGUGAGUUCCGAGUUGAAGUGGACAUCUUGAGCAGACUCGACCACCCAAAUCUUGUUUCUUUGAUAGGCUACUGUGCUGAUGGAAAACAUAGAUUCCUAGUAUAUGAAUACAUGCAUAAUGGAAACCUGCAAGAUCAUUUGAAUGGAAUUGGAGAACGAAAAAUGGAUUGGCCCCUAAGACUCAAAGUGGCACUAGGAGCUGCAAAAGGCCUUGCUUAUCUCCACUCAAGUUCUGAUGUUGGAAUUCCCAUUGUUCACAGAGAUUUCAAAUCAACCAAUAUUCUCUUAGAUGCUAACUUUGAUGCAAAGAUAUCUGACUUUGGGCUUGCCAAGUUAAUGCCAGAAGGUCAAGAGACACAUGUCACGGCCAGAGUUCUUGGCACCUUUGGCUAUUUUGAUCCUGAGUAUACAUCGACUGGGAAACUUACUCUGCAAAGUGAUGUUUAUGCUUUUGGUGUUGUUCUUCUGGAACUUUUGACUGGACGCCGAGCAGUUGAUCUAAACCAAGGUCCCAAUGAUCAGAACCUUGUACUACAGGUGAGGCAUAUUCUGAAUGAUCGAAAGAAGCUGCGUAAGGUCAUAGAUCCAGAGAUGGCCCGAAAUUCUUACACUAUUCAGUCUAUAGUCAUGUUUGCCAAUCUGGCAUCAAGAUGCGUCCGAACUGAUAGUAAUGAGAGACCUUCAAUGGCGGAAUGUGUACAGGAACUCCUAAUGAUUAUCUAUACAAAUUCAAAAGGUUUGGGAAUGGUUAUGCAUAGUUUGAGAUUGAUCUAGAUAAAAAAAGGGUAAGACAUGGAACUACGAUGAUUUCUUCUUGAUAACUUUUCAUAGUGGAUAAUUGGAUAUGCUCACAUUUGCAGCUUGGAGCAUUGACCUGUCAAAGGUCAUCAAUACUCUUUCUAUAUGAUAUUAUAUUGGAAAUUUUACACAGCAAUGAACUACAAACAAUGCGACAAUGCCAUGAAAAUAUUUUUUAUGAACAAGUCAAUUUACUGUUGUACAUUACCUUUGACA